UUCAUCUGAUCCAACGGUCGAAAAUUAAAAUGGUGUGAAAGAAGUAAAAAGAGGUGUGUAGAUAUCACAUCCCUAUAAAUAUACUACAAAAGUAUAUGAGGGGUAAAAUGGGAAAGAAAAGUCUGAUGGGAUGAUAGAGGAAAAAGUCGCUUGCCGUUUGAGUUCCCCAUGAUGGUUUAAUGAACAAUUCUCUUGUUAUAUAAAGAAAGCUCUCUCCUUCUUCUUCAUCUUCUACAUUCAAAUUUAUUCACUUCAUUUUCUCGUUCUCGGAUAUCCAUCGUUCGAUGUGAGACCGGUUUUUUUUUUUUUUUCCUUGAACCCGACAAAAAUGUCUCAGGGAAGCUCCCCCGUCACUCUGUUUUCUCCGUACAAGAUGGGCAAGUUCAGUCUCUCUCACAGGGUGGUUCUGGCGCCGCUGACGAGGUGCCGGGCGUUGAAUGGACUGCCGCAACCAGCGCUGGCUGAGUACUACGUUCAGAGGUCAACUGACGGCGGCCUUCUCAUUAGCGAAGCCGCUAUAGUCUCCGACACUGGCGCCGGGAUGCCCCGUGUUCCUGGGAUUUACAACGACGAACAGGUGGAGGCAUGGAAGAAGGUGGUGGAUGCAAUUCAUGCCAAAGGCGCAUUCAUUUUCUGUCAACUUUGGCACGUUGGUCGUGCAUCUCAUGAAGUUUAUCAACCUGGUGGGGGAUUACCGAUAUCUUCAACCAACAAUCCCAUUUCAAAGAGACGGAAUGUUCUGUUGCCAGAUGGCUCUCAUGGCACUUAUCCUAAGCCUCGAGCCCUCGAAACCCAGGAAAUUCCCCAAGUGGUUGAGCAUUUUCGCCAGGGUGCGUUGAAUGCCAUUCAAGCAGGUUUUGAUGGAGUUGAGAUUCAUGGGGCACAUGGCUAUAUCAUUGACCAAUUCCUGAAAGACGGGAUCAAUGAUCGAACUGAUGAGUACGGUGGAUCGCUAGAAAAUCGGUGCAAAUUUCUUAUUCAGAUUGUUCAAGCUGUGGUUGCAGCAAUAGGUGCGGAUAGAGUUGGGGUCAGAAUCUCGCCGGCUAUUGAUCACUUGGAUGCCAUUGACUCCAAACCACUUAUCUUAGGCUUGGCAGUGAUCGAGAGGCUCAACAGGCUUCAACAGAAUUGGGGCUCUAAACUGGCUUAUCUCCAUGUGACACAGCCUCGCUAUUCAGCUCAUGCCCAAGCAGAAGCUAGUAAACUCAGCAAUGACGAAGAGGAAGCUGUGUUUAUGAGGACUUUAAGAAACUCUUAUCACGGUACAUUCAUAGCUAGCGGAGGAUUCACUAGAGAGCUUGGAAUGCAAGCAAUUGCUUCCGGCGACGCUGAUUUGGUGUCAUACGGACGCCUUUUUAUCUCGAACCCUGACUUGGUUUUGAGAUUUAAGCUUAAUGCCCCCUUGACGAAGUAUAACAGGAAGACUUUCUACACACAAGACCCUGUUGUUGGGUACACAGACUACCCUUUUCUGAACAAAUCCUAUUACAUGGAUGAGGAGGAACGGCUCUCCCGUCUAUGAUUUCGUUGUUUUGGAAAUUCUCUAAUGUUCAUUAAUUUUGGAUACUGAAUUAUAAGCUGGUUCAAAUAAACAUGUUCUAGCUUGUAGUUGCAGUAGAUGGUUUAAUCUCAAAAAAAAAAAA